AUGCCAGACGGCUCAAGCUUUGGUCCUCAGCAAGCUCUCGAUGCUUUGCAUCAAAGGCGUGCGGUUCAUGUCGACCUAGAGUGGGUCAAGAACCACUGGUUGCUCAUAUUGUGGAAGAUGGCCGCCAUUACGCGCCACGAGCCUGAUCGUCAUGAAAGCAUGUUCACCGGCAAAGAGAUGCUAAAUCAGCUCUCGUAUCGAUACGAGCGUGAAGUCAAUCUGGCUCAACGCUCGGCAGUCAAACGCAUACAGGAACAAGAUUCCGCGUCGGGUCGUCCCAUGAUUCUCUGCGUCUGGUCGAUUGCAAAGGAUUUGGAGGCGGAUGAGGCUCCUUUUCUGGAACUCACCGAUGGCUGGUAUCGCAUUCGAGCAACGAUCGAUGAGCCGAUGCGCCGAGCUGUGCUCAGAGGCCUCAUCAAAGUAGGAGUGAAGUUGUCCAUCUCUGGUGCAAGGCGCGAUGGCUCUCCAGAGCCGGUGGAAGUGCUCAAAGGUUUAAAUAUCUCCUCGCUCACCCUCAAUUCAAACGGCACCGCCUUGGCCCGCUGGGAUGCGCGUUUGGGUUUCGUUGGGAAACCAUUCGUCGCGACUUUGCGGAGUCUCAAUGCGCGAGGGGGUGUCGUGCCUCGCAUGGAAAUUAUCGUAACGCGCCUAUUUCCUAUCGGCUACAUCGACUCUGCCGAUAGAGGUGGAGGCGAUGCUGGUCAAGCCAUCACCAUGACCAAUGUGCGCAGCGAGGCGGAAGAAGAGGAGCAGAGACAGGCUUGGAUGCAAAAGCUGGCAGAUGCCAGGACUCGUCUCGAAGACGAAGCUCAGGCCAGACUCGAUGACUUGGCUUCUUUGGGCAGCGCUCUGCACGAGCUGGCUCACGAGGCGAGUUAUGAUGCACAAAUUUCCCACUCGAGUAACGAUGAGCUCGAAGAUUAUUUUGAGCAGCUCUGCAGCGCCAAGCUUCACAUUGGACACGUGCCAAAGAGCGUGCUCAGCGCUCUAGCUGAGCUCGCGGCAAAUCGUCUUGAAGAUCUGAAAAGACAGGCACAAGUCGAAUUGGAGACUCGGUUGGCACGAAUCUGCCCCCCUCGCCGCUCGAGGAGCUUUAGGAUCAUCAGAUUCAGAGAUGCGGGAGCAGAGCCUGUCGAUCGACCCGACGUUUGGAAGGGACGCAGACCUCGGAGCAAGAGGGGAGUGCAGCUGACAGUCUGGGAUGUGGAGCAGCUCAACGAGCUCGGAUUGGAGCUCGGCAAGCGAUACUGCGUUACGAACCUCGUGCCUACCCAGAAACACGCUUGGCGCGGACCUGACGAUGAUGCCGAUGCGUUCUUGGCAACUCGGCGAGAGACUAGGUGGCAGAAGAUGGAAGAUAUGACGCCGCGUCACUCAUAG